GCGCGCGCCACAGUCCAGUUGGGAUCAGGUCUGGACUCCGCGGCGGUGCAUCAGCGCGCGGCGCGCAGCCCCUACAGUGUGCGAGCGCGAGUGCGAGUCCGCGCGUGUGUUUGUGUUAGUGUGUGCAGUGAGCAGUGACUUGUGCCAGCGAGAUGGUCCGACACCGCGCCUUCCUCGUGAGCGUCGCCGUCCUGCUGCUGGGAGCGCAAAUCGCGUCGGCCGAAAUAGGAUUAAUGAAGAAUGCCGGCGGCAGGCUCAAGAAUUUUUUUGGAUUCCUAGGAAACAGUCAGCAAUCCGCAAAACCAGCACAAGAGACGCCGACAUGCAGCUGCCGUUGUGGCGAUCGAAAUGACGCGUCCCGCAUCGUCGGUGGAAAGCCUGCAAACGCAAACGAAUUUCCAUGGAUGGUUCGACUAUCUUACUUCAAUAGAUUUUAUUGCGGAGGAAUGCUAAUUAACGACCGAUACGUCUUAACAGCCGCUCAUUGCGUCAAAGGCUUUAUGUGGUUUAUGAUUAAAGUCACAUUUGGAGAACACGAUCGAUGCAACGACACUACCAAACCUGAGAGCAGAUUCGUGCUUCGGGCAGUGUCUGGUGAUUUUUCAUUCCUUAAUUUCGACCACGACAUUGCCCUGCUGAGGCUGAAUGAUCGAGUGCCGAUUACUGAAACCAUCAGACCUAUUUGUUUACCUAAGACAUCAGAUGAGCUUUACGAAGGGGAAAACGCCACCGCAGCUGGAUGGGGAACACUCGCCGAACACGGAAAACCAUCAUGUGUUUUACACGAAGUUCAGGUUCCAGUUAUGACAAAUGACGACUGUAAAAAGACUAACUACAACGCGAAAAUGAUUACUGACAACAUGAUGUGUGCUGGCUACGAGAAAGGAGAAAAAGACGCCUGCCAAGGUGACAGUGGUGGACCUUUAGUAAGAGAGAGGGACGAUAAGAGAUACGAGUUGAUCGGAGUGGUGUCUUGGGGAAACGGUUGCGCGCGGCCAGGCUACCCGGGAGUGUAUACAAGAGUGACAAGGUAUCUUGACUGGAUACGAGAAAACUCAAAGGACGGCUGUUUCUGUGAAGAUUGAAAAAAAAAACUGCUAAGACACUAGAAUUUGAUACUCAACCUGUAACCUGAAUUUUGAUGAUGGAGUGCUUUAUGGGAAAAACUCAGUACCAAUGAACAAAAGUUCAACCAAAAGUAACUUUCAGCUAUAAUGAAGCACAUCCAAUAUGAAUAUCAAACUUCAGGGAACGCACGGGCUUUAGUCAACGGCUCGACUCGUAAUAACAUCCAGCAACUGGACACUGUAAAAAAUAUUCUGAAAUUUAAGACCAAAAUGUAUCUUAAAUUUAAUAACAUUUUCAGUUGUUCUUAAACGUAAGAACAGAUUAUGAUAUUUAAGAAGUUUUCUUAAUUUUGCAAACCAGGUUAUGAAAAUUCUGAUAAGGGUAAUUAAAUUUUAUAACAAGUUUAUUAAAUUUAAAAGAUUUUCUUAGUUUUAAGAAAGGUUCUGAAUGCUAGUAUUAAAAGUAAGAAUAAGUGUGACUUUUCAAAACAAUUUUGUUAAAAGUCAUGCAGCUUUUGACCACUGGACAUAGAAUUUUGGUGUUCAAUAUAGAAUUGGAUGAACAUCAUCAAAUUAGAUAAGCGAAAUGUAGCUAUGCCAGAGCGAAAUGUCAAAAAAAACGAGUUAACAAACAUACGCCGUCCGACCAAGCACAUAGCUACUCUGGGAAUGCCCCUGGACGGAGCGCCGCUUAAGGUCGGGUGCGAGCGCUCCCCUCACAGGCAUGUCCCGACAGCCGCGCGGUCUAAGGCGUCAGGAUCCGAACCCAAAGGCCCGAGGUUCGAAUCCACCUAGGUAAAAUGAGGUAAAUAACUAUAAUGUGUACAAAGUCGGGUUUGAACAUCUGUCCGUAGGAACAAGAACUAAAUAUUUUCGAGUUUUGCGUUAGGCUGGAACAGUAAAGCAUUUUUGUCGUUUCAUAACACGUUCUUAAUUUUCAAAACAUGUUCUUAAUUUUCAAAACAUGUUCUUAAUUUUCAUAAAACAUUUGUUCUUAAAUUUAAGAGCAAAUUUGUUUUGUAAAUUGCUUCCAAACACGUGUUCUUAAAAUUAAGAUGGAUUUUUUUUACAGUGGAGAAUAUGCCAUCAACGGGUGGAAGCAAGCAGUGAAUCGCUUGUGACCAUACUAAGCUGUGAUGAACUCUAUGCAUUAACUAACCAGCGUACACAUAUACCGCGUGUAUGUGAGAGUCUUUAUUUAUUAGGAAUGCAGCGAUAAUUUAUUUAAUUUAUUUAAAAAUUGAGAAUGUUGCGAGUACAUUACUUGUGUAGUGGCAGUCAAAAAUAUAAAGAAACUGCACAAGGGAACUGUUUACAUAAGUGUCAUAUUUCUUCUUCAAACGAUUGUAAAUGAUUUACUUUCUAAGAAAUGACUUUCAAACUUUGAGAAGUAUUCACAUUUGAUAGCGUUAGAUGUGAGCUGUGUUACGGUUGUGUAUAGUACGUUUUUGUUAGUAGACGUUUCUAAUUAGCUAUUAAAUUUGGUAUGUGUCAGUAAGAUAGCUAUGACAUCUCCAUGUGUUUUGUCUUUGAUUACCUACAAAAUGAACAAAACUAGGAUUAAUACAUUCGAUGAAGUAAAUACGUUUUGAACAUUUUUUGAAAAAAUCACAUCACAUGUAAAUUAUUUAUCGUCAACUGAAAACGUUCGUGAAGUGUACGAUUGUUAUGUAAAAAAGUGUGUGACGACAAACAUAAGAGUGAAAUGAGUGAGUAGUCGUGAGGUAUUUUAAAGUGUGGUAUCUGAUAUCAUAUGUGAGACUGUGUGAUCCCCAGUGAUAAUUUCUCUCUGUUUUUCUACUGUACCAUACUGAAAAUAAAAUUACUCAAGCGAAAA